AUGGGGACCCAGGACGGAGCAGAGCUCUGCUUUCCAGAACUCAACACCUCCUGCAGGAAGCCGACACCUCCUUGGUCUGAAGCUGUGCUCCUGAACAUUCUUCUGUCCUUCAUCUCUGCGCUCAUUGUAGCUCUCAACCUGCUCAUCAUCAUCUCAAUCUCCCACUUCAGGCAGCUCCACACACCCACUAACAUCCUCCUCCUCUCUCUGGCUGUCUCAGACUUUCUUGUUGGCCUCCUGCUGAUGCCAGUAGAAAUCUUCCUAAGAACAUCCUGUUGGUUUCUUGGUGAUCUCAUGUGUUCGCUGUAUAAUUAUGUGUCCCUCAUCAUUACCUCUGCUUCAAUAGGAGACAUGGUGCUCAUAUCAGCUGACCGUUAUGUGGCUAUUUGUGACCCUCUGCAUUACACCACCAGAGUCACUGGCAGAAGAGUUAAACUCUGUGUUUGUCUGUGUUGGCUCUGUUCUGUUUUCUACAACAGUCUCUUUGUAAAGGACGACCUGACUCAACCAGACAGACAUAGUUCCUGUUAUGGAGAAUGUGUGAUUGUCAUUAAUUAUGUUGCAGGAGCUAUUGACCUUGUCUUGACCUUUAUUUUUCCAGUUACCAUCAUCAUAAUUUUGUACAUGAGAGUAUUUGUGGUGGCUGUGUCUCAGGCUCGUGCCAUGCGCUCUCACAUUACAGCUGUCACUCUCCAGCGUUCAGCUUCUCUAACAACAAAGAAAUCUGAGCUGAAAGCAGCCAGGACUCUUGGUGUUCUUGUAGUUGUGUUUCUAAUAUGUUUCUGUCCAUAUUACUGUGUUUCUCUUGCAGGGGACAACUUGCUCAACACCUCAUCUGCAUCUAUUGUGCUCUAUCUCUUCUAUUUUAACUCCUGUAUAAACCCUGUGAUCUAUGCCUUGUUUUACCCCUGGUUUAGAAAAGUUCUAAAACUAGUUGUCACUCUUCAGAUACUGCAGCCUGGUUCUCAUGAGGCCAACAUACUGUAGAGAGGCCGUGGAGUGACUGAGAUGACACCAUCUCCAUAGAGACAAAUUAAUAUGUUCAUGUUGUUCAGUGAGUGAAUUACCAAAUCCAGAGAAUGAAAAUAUGAGGCAUGUAUUUUUUAUGAACAAAAACACCUCUAGAAAUUAUUUCAAGCACUCUGUGUGUUGCUAUCAUUGACAGUUUCACAUGAAAUGUUGUAUCUUUUUUGAUCAUGGUGUGUAGUUUGUGAAUUCACAAAUUCACUACUCCCCUCAAACUACAAACUAGGAUAUAUGAAUAUAACAAACAUUAUUAGGCAUUGUUAUGUCAGGGACUUACUAUGUUGCUGUAUGCAUUGUCUGUUUCACAUGCAAAAUGUUUCCAUUGCAUGUUAUAUCAAAUUUUAAUUUAAACUAUAACAAAUAAAUGGUUUGUUAUAGUUAGAAAUUUGAUUGUGUGUUGUUAAUAAAAUGUGCCUCUCUUCGGACACUUACUGGCUGUUGCAGAAACAUGUGUCUUUUCAUAUCUUUGUAGUCUUAAGGCUCAUGUUCAGCUUUUGGUAUAUGCAGUAGGCCACUGCUGAGAGUCAUAUAAGCACCAUGCACUGUUUGAAGACAAUCACCCAGGUUCAUGUAAUCUGUGAACUGACCUAUGAGAUCUUUUUCAACAUGUUACACCCCUUUAACAGUCUCUCUUAAGAAGCUUUUAAAUACAACACAGCAACAGAGCCACCAGAUUUUCACACAAAGCCUUAAGAAACAUGUCAUUUAACAAAGAUACACAACAUUUAUCAAAUUGAUUACAGUAUUUUCAUUGCUUUUGUUCCACGUCUCAGUUACACAGUAACAUUAAUUUGGUUGGUCAACUGCAGUUUUCAUUCGCAUUUAUGACUUCAUAAUUUUAAAAACAACUCAAAUGUUUUCACACCAUGUAAAAAUCAACCAAUAUCCCUGUCAUUGAGAUGCAAUAACUCAACAUAAGACUUUUCUUGUGUAGCUUUUCUGACAGCUUCCCAUACCUCCCAUAAAAUCUGAAACUUUCUCUUGUUGUACUUUAAUAAGCAUAAUUCAUAUAGCUACAUCAUUUAUAACUAUAUAGCAUAAAACAUGUAAAUUCAUGCAAAACAUGACAGAUAUCAGCAUGUAAUAUGUGAGG